GCAGAGAAACGGACACAUCAACUGGUGAAGAAACAACAAAUGACUAUAAUGCGGACGAGAAGGCCAAACUUUUCCCUAGUUUGGCAUUACCUGAUGAUCUAGAGAAUAUUAUGAGAAACAAGGAAGACGUAAAGGUAGCCACUGAAGCAAUGACACAAUUAGAAGGCUUAGAAAGCCUUCUCC